AUGAUUCUCACCCCCUUUCUUUCUCCUCCACGUCGCUGCUCCUUCAAUCUUAGCAAAGAGAAACCUUUCGUCCCUUGGAUCACACUACUCCUCUCUCCACCCAGAUCUCACUUCUUCAUUCCCCUUCUCCGUAUCUUCAGUUCAGAUCGUGAAGGACUAAACCCAUUAACAAUGGCGAAACUUCAUCCACUUCCAGUCGUCAUUCUCUUAUCACUCUUCUUGGUCCAACGCUCCCUCUGCGCCGACCCACUUGAAAUCUCACCCAGUCCUUCCACGGACCUCGCCGCUGACUCGCCUCCCUCUCCGCCUCCAGACGCAGCAGGAGCGCCGUUCACUUCUCCGCCUGCAGGGGAUCCGUUCACUUCUCCGCCAACAAGUUCUCCUCUGGUGCCACCGCCGUCAGUUCUCUCUCCGUCUCCUCCCGCUAAUUCUACAUCUAAGAAAACUCAGACUCCGGCUCUUCUCCAGCAGAUCAUACGUCUAAGAAACCUUCGACUCCGGCAUCGGCUCCGGUGAUUGCGAGUGACAUCAGUCAUGAGAAUGAAAUGAGUGCCAAUGGUGACGACUCUAGUGGGUUGAAGGGUGGACAGAGGGCUGGGAUAGUGAUCGGUGUCAUCGUCUCUGCGUGUGUCGUAGGGUUUGUGGCAAUUGUGUACCAGAAGCGGCGAAAGAAUCUCCGGCGAUCUCAGUACCUGCACACCGUCAGGGGAGAUUUUCUCUAGAUAC